CUUCCUCCAUCUCCACCCGAUCCGAACCCGUACCCGAGUCCAUGGCCUCCACAGCAUCCACAGGCAACCCAUUCUCCGUUUCCCUCUCCUCCAGGAAAGCCUCACUCUCCAAGCCCAGCAGCCCGGCCGAGGUUUCUCUCCGUGUUCAGAGCUCCAACGCUUCUUCUCUCCGGACUUCGUUCGUUUCCAAUAGUUCGAUUGAGUUGACUCGGGGCGCGAACUCGGCGUUGAAGUCGAGCACCGUGAGAUCAAGGACGGGGAUUAUGGCGAGCUCGGCGCAGGUAGUGGAUCAGCCGUCGAGUAAAACGGGUCCAGUGGCUCCCACCGUUGUGGACGUCGAUUUGGGUAAUCGGAGCUACCCGAUUUACAUCGGAUCUGGACUGCUUGAUCAGCCCGAACUUCUUCAAAGGCAUGUUCACGGAAAGAGGGUUCUUGUGGUCACUAACACUAAAGUUGCGCCGUUGUACUUGGAUAAAGUUGUUGAGGCUUUGACAAGAGAUAACCCGAAUGUGUCAGUUGAGAGCGUGAUUUUACCAGAUGGUGAGAAGUAUAAGGACAUGGACACUCUUAUGAAAGUGUUUGACAAGGCUAUUGAGUCAAGACUGGACCGGCGAUGUACAUUUGUUGCCCUUGGAGGUGGCGUGAUUGGUGACAUGUGUGGCUAUGCUGCUGCUUCUUUCCUUCGUGGUGUUAACUUCAUUCAGAUUCCAACAACUGUUAUGGCGCAGGUUGAUUCUUCUGUUGGGGGCAAAACGGGUAUAAACCACCCUCUUGGGAAGAACUUGAUCGGUGCUUUUUACCAACCUCAGUGUGUACUUAUAGACACAGACACAUUGAACACAUUACCAGAUAGGGAACUGGCAUCAGGGCUUGCAGAGGUCAUUAAGUAUGGGCUUAUUAGAGAUGCAGAUUUCUUUGAAUGGCAGGAGAGGAAUAUUCAGGCACUAAUGGCGAGGGAUCCAGCGGCAAUGGCUUAUGCUAUAAAGCGGUCGUGUGAAAACAAGGCUGAGGUUGUGUCCUUGGAUGAGAAGGAAGGUGGACUGAGGGCUACACUGAACUUGGGUCAUACAUUUGGUCAUGCAAUAGAAACUGGGCUCGGCUAUGGGAACUGGCUCCAUGGAGAAGCUAUUGCUGCUGGCAUGGUUAUGGCUGUUGACAUGUCAUACCGCCUUGGCUGGAUUGAUGAUGCACUUGUGAAGCGAACUACCAACAUUUUAAAGCAGGCCAAGUUACCUGUUGCACCUCCUGAAUCUGUGACGAUAGAGACAUUCAGAUCUGUAAUGGCGGUUGAUAAGAAGGUAGCUGAUGGGUUACUAAGACUCAUCCUUCUGAAAGGUCCUUUGGGAAAUUGUGUCUUCACCGGCGAAUAUGAUAGAAAGGCCCUCGACGAAACACUCCACGCAUUUUGCAAGUCCUGAUUCGCACUAGAUGUGUGCAAGUUCCGCACCUGCGUAUUGUAUUUUAGUUGUCUUUGACCCGUUCGUGUACUUUUCACCUAUGUUAUAGAUGCCCUCAGAAUCCCUUUAUUUAUCGGCAAUAGCGUUUACCAAGUUGUAAUUUUCGAAACUGUUGUAUUUGCAAUAAGCCUGGGAAAUCAUAUUGUCCAACGCUUGCUUCUUUUCUGGAUAUCGUGAAAUAUGCACAUUCUUUUCUA